GGGUGGGGGUGGGGGCGGCGGCGGGAGGCGGGAGGCGGGCCUGGGCGGUCUCCUCCCUCCGGGAUCCGGGCAGAAACGGACACCUCCGGGCUGGGCUGGGGCGCUGCCGCCUCUCCCCCGCCGCGGGUCCCGAUGGCAGCCGAGCCGCUGACUGAGCUGGAGGCGGCCAUCGAGACAGUGGUCACCACCUUCUUCACCUUUGCAGGGCAGGAGGGCCGCAAGGGCAGCCUCAGCAUCAAUGAGUUUAAGGAACUGGUCACUCAGCAGCUGCCUCACUUGCUCAAGGAUGUGGACUCCUUAGAUGAGAAGAUGGAGAGCUUGGAUGUGAAUCAGGACUCCGAGCUCAAGUUCCAUGAGUACUGGAGACUGAUAGGGGAGCUGGCCAAGGAGAUCCGGAAGGAGAAGGCCCUGGAGAUCCGGAAGAAGUAAAGCCCCUGACCAGGAUAGGGCCAGGCUGGCCAGGCAAAACCCCACUCCCCCCAAUAUAGCUUCCUCCUUGAAACACAAAUGUUUCUUGUUCCCACCCUACCCUGCUUUCUUCUCUUGAGAGGAGGUGGUCUGAGAGUGGGUCCAAAAAUUUUGAGCUCUUUGUAGACCAGGGAUGUCACUCAUCUUUGAAUAUCAUUCUGCAGCAUCGAGCACCAGGUCUUGUACCGGGGAGGUGCUCAAUAAAUUAAUGGUUGAGGAGGG